CCUCCUUCUGGCCCCUCCUCCAGCUAAGCUGCUCUGCUUCGCUGCUCUCCUCUCCUCCUUCUUUCUUCCUCAUCUUCCUCCUCCUGCUCUUUUACUUCCUGUUGUCGUCUUCUUUCCACUUCACCGUCCUCGCCGCCGAGCAGACCGCGUCCUGAACCUCCAUCCUCUCUUUUCCACGCCAGUCUAGACCCAGUCUCUAGAUCCGCUUCCGCCACCAGCCAUGCCCUCUACCCCCAUCGCCAUCCAGCCGGCGGCAAAUAUCGCCCCGCAGCCUUACAUCGCUCCCGCGCCUGCUCCGGCUAUUGCUCCCCGCAUCAAACCGGAAAGUCCAGAGGACUCCGCCGGCGUUUCCUGCAUCCGUCCGUCGAAAGAAUGGGUUCUUCCUCCCCGACCAAAGCCCGGCAGGAAACCUUCAACAGAGACUCCCCCUACCAAACGCAAGGCUCAAAACCGGGCUGCCCAGCGAGCAUUCCGUGAACGGCGGGCGGCGCGUGUUGUCGAACUAGAGGAGCGUCUGCACGACCUCGAGCAAGAAAAAGAAGACAAAGAACAGAACCUGACAAAUACCCUUCUUCGCAUCGCGGCCGAGAACCAGCAACUCAAGUCCGUCACCGACGAAUUAAAGCAGCAGGUCGAGCUGUUCAAGCAGUUCCAGGCCCAGCAGGCUGCCGCUGCCGCUGCUGGGAUGCAAGGCGCUCCUAUGGCUAUGGCUCAGCAGCCCGCUCAUAACCUCGUGUCUCCAGCUCCAUCACCUGGUAACGAGCAAAAUUACAGCCAAGACAUGCUCGACCGUGCGCUCGAAGAACGGCUGCCUGUCGACCCUGCUGCUACCGCUUCCCCUGCUUCUACAACCGGCACAACUAUCUCGUCUCCUUCAUCACAACAAUACCAGUACACGUCCCCAUCCGCUACGCAAGGCUUGUACGGCCAGUCCGUGCCCUUACGGCGAGCCUCGAAGCAAAAAUACUCUUCCCCUAAAGGCUCCUCCCCACCCGCCUACGCCAACCAUCGCUCGUCGAUAUCGAUCGCCCAUGGCUCGAACCAUCCCUCUCCCCUGCACACAUCCGAGGAAUCUCCCAAGUCUGACUCGUGCGGUCUUUGCCAGUCUGAUGGUAACUGCAUGUGCUCCGACAUUGGCAUCAAGCCCGCCACCGACAUCUUCCCCAAGCGCGCUCACACCUCUGCUGCUCCGUCUCCUGCCGCUCCUGCUCCCGCCCCUGAACACCCUAAUAAGAGGAUACGGCGAGAUGACGAGGAUGAUACGGAAAUGGACUUUACGCACGCCUUUACUACCGCGAAAAUCAACCGUCGUCCACAGCAGGCUCAGAAUGUAUACAACCAACCACCUGAGCAGCACCAGCACCGACACAACAGCGACUAUAGCGUUUCUGACAAUUACUUUUCGUCCUCUGACCGAUCGUCGAAAUCCGGGCCCCGGAAGAUUGACCCCUGCGGAUUCUGCUCGUCCGGUACGCCUUGUCUGUGUGCCGAGGCUGCCGAUGCCGAAGCUCGCGAGAUGGAAGAUCGAAACCAAAGCCAAAACCAGGGCCAGAUGAUGAACGGCAUGACAGACGACGACAUGAACACCACCCUCCCUCCACUCCGCAACGACCCGCACUCCGAGCUCAUUCGACAGACGUCAAAGCACAAGCUCGUGACUUUACACCCCGAGCCUAUCUCCGACAUGACCGGCACGAACGGCGCAGUCGCGCAGCAGUUUGCGCCCGGAACAUGCGAGAGUUGUCAGCGGGACCCGAUGCAGACGCUGUUCUGUACCUCGCUAGCCUCGAAAUCCGGCAGCGAAGGCGGCGGCUGCGGGAACUGCAACCAGCCCGGUGGCUGCUGCGGAGGGAAGAAGGCGAGUGUGCAGGACUCGGCGUUCAUUCCUUGCUCGGCUGCGUACCAGACGCUGUCGAGGCACAAGGGGUUCAAAGCCGUUGAGCUGCCGUCGCUGGUGGGAAAGCUGAGCACGAAAGGUGGACAGGUUGAGGUUGCGAGUGUCGCGUCUGUCUUGCGGGAGUUGGACAGACGGUUGUAUAAUUAGUCGGAUGUAAUCAGUGUUUGGUGUUUUUGGGUGUUUAGUGCUUGUGUUUAUGUAUUGGCUUAAAAAAAGGUCUGUUCUUGUAUGUAUUCCUAUCUAGUAAGUAGAUUAAUAGUAUCAAAAUAUCAUUUCAGAGUAGAACUGGUC